AUGUUAUCAAGAGCAACUAGAUUAUUAUCUACAAAAAAUGUUGUUGUAAACUCAAUUGUAAAACACACUACCAUUCGUUCAUUUGCAAGUCAUGGUGGUGGUGAAGCAGGUGGUGCUUAUCCAACUGAACCUGAAGCAGGUACACAAAUGAUUACAAGAAGAGUAGAAUUUGGUGACGCAGUCUAUUCAUACAAACACGGAAAUUUUAUUGUUGAUCCAAUUCAAAUUAGAGAAUUAGCAGAAGAACAACAACAACAACAACAUCAUGUUCAUGGUCCAGGUUGUUCACAUGGCCAUCAUCACGAUAGUCACGCAAACGAUGGUCACCAUGAUGAACACCAUGAUGAACACCACGAUCAUGUUAAUCCAGAUGAUGUUGAAGAUGAAUUCCCAAGAGGUUACUUUUUAAAUACACCACCAUCAGUACCAUACCCAAUGAAUCCAUACUAUUUAACAGCUCUUUGUUUACUUCCAAUCAUUGGUUCAUUAUUUUCAAUACGUUAUUUUGAUAAUAAAUCAGAAAACGAUUAUGAAUUAUUUAGAAGCGAAUACUUGGAAGCAAAUCCAGCACUCAAACAAAAAUAUUACGAUAUCACCCACAAAUAUCCAUUAUCUCAUUAA